AGCGUAGUAGAAGCGUCUGUGUCUCCUCUUUGCUGGAGCUCCUCCGGUUGUACUUAUUUCGUGUAGAGAUAUUAUAGCCGAAGUACGGCGGGGUAGGGGAGUAAGUAGAUAGAGCUAGAAGUUUAGUUGUUCUGGUAAGUGAAUAUACCCUGCUGUCCGAAAAAAAUUCAAGCAAUAUCCGUUCGUGUGUAGUGCGGUACAACAACUACCUGUUCUCUCUCUCUCCCUCUGUCACCGUCGUCACAUAGUACGAUGGCUUGCUCCGGCGUCGUAAAAUUUUUCAACCAGGCCAAGGGGUUCGGCUUCAUCGAGACAGAACAAGGCGAUGUGUUUGUGCACGCAAACGAUGUACAGGGCGCGCCAUUGCAAGAAGGAGAUGAGGUACUUAUAUAGAAUAGAGGGCACUUCUUUUUUGGAAUCUGGGACUGGGAAGCAUCCCCAUCACGGGCGGAGUUAUGCCAGUCCCUCGGGGUGCAGCUGAUCGAAACGGAGAUAAGGGAAAAAAGAAUCUCUUGGAUCGGUCACGCAGCGCGGGAUUCCUCGGGGGAGGGUUCCAUCACAAGAAUCCGCCGGGAAAUCGAAGAAGGCACGCCAUGGGGCAAGCUGGCAGCAGCAGAUCUAGAGCACUAUGGCCUGACGCUGCAAGACCUAGAGCUGCAAAAGCCGGCGGGGCCGGUGGUGCGCGAAAUGCUGACAAGGCGCCGGCCGUACGCAACAGCCAAAAAACCCCCAGGAAAAAAGGGGCCGAAGCCGGGGCAGAAGUCCGAACGGGCGCAGGAAAUGCAGGCGGAACGCCGAAGAAGGCUGGACCAGCAAAAGGCAGAAGAAGAGCAGGCGCGGGCACAGGUGGCCGCGAGUCUCCACGGGAAAAAGUGGAAACAGAUCAGUAACAGGACGGGUUUUUGGGAAUUGGAAGACGACCCAGGAAUAGUAUUCCAGGUGGGCGAGGUUUUCUUCUGCGAAAACACCGGCAAGGAAGAGGUGCAGGUGGCGGGCGUGUGGUUCCAAAAAGAAUCUGACGGAACGUACAUGGUCAGAUAGUUAGGCCACAGCCCCCCACUAGAAGAAGAGCGUGAUAACAAUACACGCACGGCUACGAUACUUUCGACAAAUCUCUGAGCGAGGAUUACUAUUCAGAGACUAGCCCACGCGUUGACUUGACUUGACUUGAGGGCACUUCUUACAAGUGGUAGUGGUGCUUUUUGUCAUGCGGAAAAGGAAAAGGAAAUCGAAAUGGGUUGACGUUGAGACGUAGUUCACCAUCAACGUCGAGGUUGCUCCAGCUGUGGAAUUUGUCAUGCGAACGAGGCAUAAUUCAAGAAACGUAUAGGGAAAUAUUAAAACGUAAAAAUUUGUAUUGCAAGAAUCUUUCCAAACUAGGUUCAUUACGACGAGUCCUUCGACGAAGCAAAGCAGAAGUCAAAGUACUGUGAGGAAAAUGAAUCCCCCAUCCCAUAUCGGACAGAAAAUCUGUGAUGCUGGAUUUUCGUAUACAAAUCAGUUUGUAAUUGUAUUGCUAGAGGGGCAAGAGACGCAGUUCUGGCCUUGUUAUUGCGGGUAAUUUGUUAUGCUGUUUCCCACCUCCAGUUGCCUCCUGUGCCUGUCAUGCUGAAAAUGCAAGGCCUUUGCCUUCCCACGCGAGCCAGCACUAAAGUCCGCAUGUUUUGCGUUUCUAGCGUGAAGACGACAUGACUUGCGGCUACUAAUCAGCAUGACAAGUUUUCAAAAAGAAAUUAGCAUGACAAGUUCUCAGUUUCACUAUUGGGUGGGAGGAUAUUUCAUUUUGAUGCAAAGGCCUCAAAUGUCACAGGCGGAACAGGCGUAGAGAAGGGCUUCCGAAAAGGCGGGAAGUUCGUAUGAACUGCAAAAGUAUCGUACUCGUACUAAUCGGAUUCAUGCAUUACAAAUUUUUUCAUUAAGGUACAUCCGCAUUACAAAUUCCACUUCUAAUGCUGAGCAAAUUUGUAAUGCUAAUGCAAUUUACUUUUGUAUCACUAGUACGAUGCUUUUGCAGUUCAUAGUUUGGAGGAUUUGACAAUUUUGGUAGAGUAUUUUUUUUCUGAUUCUGGCUGGUGGCUUUUCACGCAAAUAAGUAAAUUGGUGUGGUCCCCGUCCCUUAGAUUGAGACGCCAAAGCGAUCCUUCAAAUAAAGUUCUGUCAUGUAAGAAUACGAAAAGUCUUUUUUCAAAUUUAAUUUUUCACGCGAAAAGGAAAACAUAAACAACUAUGUCCACUACACAACUGUCAACUGACACCAAGGUAAGAAAGGCGGCUUCGGCAAGGGUAAAGGCAAGGGCUUCGGCAAGUUUGGCGGCGGGGGCUUUGGUAUGCAUUGCAAAUAUGUCGGGGUCUGGAAGGAUGCGAACUUGUCAUGCUAAAUCUGAAUCAUGCAAAAAUCUGUGCUGCAUGAUUACCAAAUGCUGUCCACUUUAGAUCAAGUUGGGAGGCAGUUUGUCAUGCAGGAUAGGCAUGAUAGUGAUCUCACGGAAUCUGUCAUGCUAGGUCCUCCAUUGCAGAUCAUAUGGCUCAUGGAAAACCAGCAUGACAAGUCUAGCAAAGUUCCAGACCCAGACUUAUUUGCAUUUGAUAUUUGGCAAGGGGAAGUUUGGCGGCGGCGGCUUCGGCGGAUUUGGGAAGGACAAGGGAUUUAUGAAUUGCAAAUAUGUCGUCUGGGUCUGGAUGAGUGGAAGGUUUGUCAUGCAGAUUUUGGAUAACUCACGAUGUCUGUGAUGCACGCCGUAGCAUGACAGGUUUUGUGAGGGCUUCCUAAUGCCUAUACCGCAUGAGAAAUAAGUACCCCCUACUACACGUAGCAGCCAAUAGACUUUUCUUGCUGCCCAUGCAAUACAGACUUUGUUAGAAUGGAAAGGCAGCAUCACAAGUUGCGUCAUAAUUUCCAGACACCCAGGGAUAUUUGCAGUUGAUAGGAUUCAACAGUGGUGGUUUUGAUGGCGGCAUGAAGGGCGGGUUUGAUCUAUCCUGUGUAAAAACGUCCCCAGAAUGUCUCUCAUGCGGAGCCCCAUGAAGCGCAUUUUCUAGUGCUGUUUUGAAAUUUGUGAUGCUCGAAUCAGCAUGAAACGCUACAUUUUUGAUGCUGCUGCACUAGCUAAACGGGACAACACUGCGAACUGAAACUUGUCAUGCGCAACAGCCAAUAAAGCUCAGUGAUUUGUCUUGCAGAUUUCCCUACCUGAAUACCUACGCUUUGGGUUCGUUUUUACAUAUGAUAUGAUCCCAUGAUGAAGGGUGGAUUCGGCGGACCUCCGGGGGGAAUGAUGAAGGGCGGCUUCGGACCCGGCCCAGACAUGGGUAUCGCAAGAAAAAACUGUUUCGCUGUAAACUUGUGAUGCAGAAAAUGCAUCGCAGAAGUGUUCUUUGUCAUGCUACACAUGUAACAAGACAACGGAGGAUUUUCAUUUUUGGCAGUGUAGUUUUACCUUAGGAACCUCGCAUGGCGAAUUUUCUCUGUCGUGUAGAACAAACUUGUGAUGCAAAAGCUGCAAAAUUAUCCUCGCAGUUGUGAAACACUUUUUUCGUACGAUAACUGGGAUGAUGAAUCCGAUGGGCGUACCGCCGAUUGAUGGUGGCUUUAUCCCGCCGGAGUUUCAGCACUGAACGAAAAUUACCUAGGAUGAUACCUGUGUGUUAGAAACUCACUUUUUUUUUUCCUGCAUUAAAAACAACAAUUAUAUCCUUGUGCUUGUCAUGUCAACCUCAACCACACAACAACUUGCGUUUUCACGUAUGUCAUUUUUUGUGCCCUACCCCUACGAGAAGGGAAAAUAAAUAGGCACAAACCACAACACAACUUUUCUUGUACCAAUUAAACUCGCAAUUUCUAUUCGGAUUUUUGUCAGAAUAUUGAUGCAUGCCACCUAAUUCUGGUGCGCUAGACCUAGGAGAGCACUGACCCCCUGCCUAGGAUCUUCACUUUUGUUUGGGAAAACACAAGGCUUGUGCGAAUGAUAGUAGCCGGUCACACAGCAAAUUUUGGUAGGCUUUUAACGAAAGAAGGGGCGGUCUGGUCAAGACAGCGGGGAGUAUACGGAUAAAGCCCGUUAUUUAGAAGAAGGAUAUACAACAGUUUUGAUCGCAGGAGCUGCACUGAUUACAGAGCAACAAAAAGGGAGGAAAAACCGCCGGACCAGUCGUGUAUGCUUUCCUUUGGAGACAAGCGAGAUUUUUUGAUGCUGAAUCCUUCGCAUAUCAAGCGCAGCAAGACCACCGGGCAUAAAUUAGACUCCAAGCUGAAGUUACUUUCGUCCGUGAUCUACUACUUACGAGGCUGCGCUUUGAGAUAGGCUAGAUAAGAAUUCCGGCACGUACGUACGUAGUACCUUGAAGAUUAUACUCAUGCAGAGUCUGUUGCUUUGACAAAUAAGAACCCUAGCUACAGUUUCCGAGGGGCGGCUGGUUGCUUGCUUACAACGAGGACCCCAGAUAUUGUGAUACGGAAUAUUUUUCUUGUGUGGUACAGAAUUUGAGGAAAUAAAAUCUAUCCUCUGUGUAGAAGAAGUACUGUGCCGAUACAUCGCAAAGUUCGAUUUUGUUGAAAAUGAAAACCGGGCGAAUAUUAAAAGCACUGUAAUGUCGUGGUCAACGUGCU